AGUGGUGUAGACAUUCAGGAUUUUGCUGCGACUUGAAUUACCAGUCGUGCUUGCCUCAAAUACCAAAGCAGUCUGUAAUUUUUUUUGGUAACCCAUUUUCUUUUAUGCCCGUCAAGGCUUGGAAAGCAUUGACCAUUCCCAAACGAUUCAAGUUACCAUAUAACUUGAAGCUUUCUGAAAAUGAGAACAAGCUUCCAGAGUCUCUACAAUCCCGAGUGAAUGAGCUUUCUGAGAAAGUUCAGCAAAAUCCUUAUGCCGCGAUGCUUAAAUCACCGUUAAGAAAAUGCACCUUUCAUGAGCGUGCUAUGCCUUCUGCCUUCCUAACCAGGUUUACUGUCGGUGUUGAUUUAAGCACCAAUUUAACGUGGGCAGUACCGACUCUUGGCGCACGACAUGAACGUGGUCUUGGCCAAGGUCGAUAUGUAGCGCAAAACCAACCAGCGCUGCACAGCUUUGAAAAAACAGCUCGCUACAAGUACGCAUUUCGGAACAAAGCAAUAUACCGUUCGGAUAUGACGAAUCUUAUCAAAUCCAAGCUCUUAGAUAUUGCACUCACUAAUACCAAAGCAAAUCUGGAAAGAAGUUCGUCGAUGACCACUUUACGGUUUGAUAACGACGCAUGGAUUGUUCAGAAUCAUGUCCAGACUGGCAACAUCAGCUUUGCUCUCUUGUUCAACCAAUCAUCAGCAGCUGAUUCAAAGAAAGAACACAUUCGAUCCUUUCAAAACGUCGCAAAUGGUCGCUCAACGACCGCUGUUCCCUUCUAUGAUGUCGAGGCAAUAUGGGGCGAAACAAUAGCGGAUAGUUUGAAACAGCAAUUGGAGAACACCCAUAAUGAGGCCCCGGUAGCGAUCGCAUUCACACUUGACCAGAUGGUUUCCCGAAAUGCAAUCGCUCUGUGGAAACUAGCUGGCUUUUUCCGAACUACCGAGACUCUCAAUUCAUAGGUGUAAUAUAUAGAACAAGCGUUGUGAUCUCUUCAUCAAUACCCUUCCUGGCAACACUAUAAUUGUAGUAAAUCGCACCGUCAUGAUGGAUUCCAUGAUUUUUAUUUUGGAAAAGUUCACAACAAGUCAACAGGUUUAGAUGUUGGAGGGGUACAGCAACACGGACAGAGGUUGGAGCGGAACUUAGCCUUGACGACACCAUUGCCACCGUGGGUGCGGGUAACACGGCCCCA